UGUAGUACGACUGUGGCAGUGGGGAGGCUGGGAGCUGCUCGGGUGUGGCGGUGUCAACGCUUUCAAACAAAUCACGGAGCUGCGCGAGACGGCUAACUCACGAGCUCAGCUAACGGCUUUUUAUUUUUAACGGUUUUCUUUUCUACACCUGAACAACAGGAAGAAAAACGCGGAGCAACAAUCAGGCGGCUUUCUGGAGGGUUUUUGUUUUCUGUGACUGUUUCAGCCUUUCGCUGGAGAAAGUUGUGAGUCGUGUCGGUGAAAAAAUCCGUCGGAACUCUCUCUCUCUCUCUCUCUCUCUCUCUCUCGUGGGGUUUGUAAUGUUGGAGUGUUUCCCACCCGCGUCAUGUCCGACCUCUCAGCCCGGGUCUCGUGUUUAGUUUGGAAUCCUUAAACAAACAAACAAACAAACAAAACCCGAAAACAAACAGGGAUCCUGCUGUUUCUGUGGUGUUUGUGUAUAUCUCACGGUGCGCGAGCUCAAUUCAGGUCUCGCCAUUGAACAGCUAACUUUUUUUUUCCUCUAAGAAAGAGGGAAGUGAAGCUCGGAGGCUAGCUGUAGCAGGAGUGUGUUGUGUGUGUGUUAAAGCUGUGUGUGAAGUGUCUGUGAAACACACUGAUGGGCUGCACGGUGAGUCAGGAGGAUAAAGCGGCGAAGGAGCACUCCCGGGACAUAGACCGGACACUGCGCGAGGAUGGAGAGAAAGCGGCCAAGGAGGUCAAACUACUGCUGCUAGGUGCGGGAGAGUCGGGGAAGAGCACCAUAGUGAAGCAGAUGAAGAUUAUCCAUGAGGACGGAUACUCGGAAGAUGAGUGUAAGCAGUAUAGAGCCGUGGUCUUCAGCAACACCAUCCAGUCCAUCAUGGCCAUCAUUAAAGCCAUGAGCAACCUCAAGAUUGACUACGAGGAACCUGCAAGAGCUGACGAUGCGAGGCAGCUGUUCGCCCUGGCUGCAGGAGCAGAGGAGCAGGGCUUGUUCCCUGAGGAUCUCUCCGGCAUCAUCUCUCGCCUGUGGGCUGAUGGAGGAGUGCAGAACUGCUUCGCCCGCUCCAGAGAAUACCAGCUCAACGACUCGGCCGCUUACUACCUGAAUGACCUGGAGAGAAUAGCAAAGUCGGACUACAUCCCGACCCAGUCGGACGUGUUGAGGACUCGAGUGAAGACCACAGGCAUCGUAGAGACACACUUCACCUUCAAAGAUCUUCACUUCAAGAUGUUCGAUGUCGGAGGUCAGCGUUCCGAGAGGAAGAAGUGGAUCCACUGCUUUGAGGGCGUCACUGCCAUCAUCUUCUGCGUGGCCAUGAGUGCUUACGACCUGGUGCUGGCUGAGGAUGAGGAGAUGAACCGCAUGCAUGAGAGCAUGAAGCUCUUCGACAGCAUCUGCAACAACAAGUGGUUCACAGAGACGUCCAUCAUCCUCUUCCUCAACAAGAAGGACCUGUUCGAGAAGAAGAUUGCACAAAGUCCACUGACCAUCUGCUUCCCAGAGUACACAGGGUCCAGCACGUAUCCCGAGGCGUCCGAGUUUAUCCGCACCAAAUUUGAGGAUCUGAACAAGAAGAAGGACACCAAGGAGAUCUACUCACACUUCACCUGCGCCACCGACACCGAGAACAUCCAGUUCGUCUUCGACGCCGUCACCGACGUCAUCAUCAAGAACAACCUGCGUGACUGUGGACUGUUCUAGAGGAAAGACCCAGAGACCAAGGGUCCAGACUUGAACUGGAGUUGAUGAGCAGGUGAAGGUGUUCUGACUGACUGCACUCUUAAUGGUUUCCUGCUUCAGCCUGCUUCCAACACGGCCGAGUCACAGAGUACUUGGAGCGUUCACCAUUUCAUCGACUGUCGCCUUCCUCCACCCAUCAGUGUUCUGCCCCUGACAACCCCCCCCCAAUCCUCACCUCCACCCCACCUCCAUCCUCACUCAUCAUAUCUCUUUUUUUUUUUUUUUGUUUCCAGUUUGCUUUUAGCCCGCAGCUUCGUCUUAUCGUUAUUAACCUCCGUCAGGCUUCAACCACAAAUCGAAAAAAUUAUUCUAUUGUUUUUUUGUUGUUGUUUUUUUUAAAUCAAUGUUUAUUUUCUUCUUUUAUUUUAUGGAGUAAUAGCAGAGCUAAAAAAAAGAGCAAAAAAAAACUUUUUAUAUGAGUACUUUGGUUUUAGUCUAGAGAAUCUGAUGUCCAUAUUUUAUUAAACAUUUAAUUGCAUAAAAAGUGUUUUUAUAGAAGCAGCAGAUAAACAGAGACGUUAGAUUAGAAAAAGGAAAGAUUUUUGCAAAAUAUAAUGUUUACACAUCGCCAUUUAUAAAUACAAAUAUAUAUCCAAACAAAACAUGGUCUCGCAGCGCAGAGUCUCCACACAUUCCUUAUUCAAAUUACGCUAAAAAGUAGGAGGAGCGCUAAAGUGUGUGUAUAAGGAUCAUUCUCUCUCAUCCAUUCCAUCCUGUGCCUUUAUUAUGAUUAUAAUUAUUAUUAUUAUUGUUAUUAUUAUUUUACCUCCAUCUCUCUCUACACUAUGACACCAUGGAAGGAGAAAAAGUUCUUAUAAGUAACGCCUCAAAAAAAAAUCUAAUCGAUAAAAAAAGGGUAGGUUUUUUUUUCGCUAAAGUUUAAAAUAAGUCCUGUAUAAUGGUUUAAUUUAAAAUAAAAUUUACGUCACUAGA